CAUAUGAUGACAACAUGGAGGAGGCCCAACACCUGAGGGACAUGGACUAUGUGAGAUCGAGAACAAUAAAACCUUCAUCAUCUCUUAUAUCAUCAUCAUCAUCAUCAUCAUCAGGGCUGCCGUCAGGAGAUUCAGCCCCUCCACCAUGGAACCCUGGACUGCUACAUGUGGCUGCUCUCUCACAGACUGCUACAUGUGGCUGCUCUCUCACAGACUGCUUCACAUUGCCGCCCUCUCUCACAGACUGCUACACAUUGCCGCCCUCUCUCACAGACUGCUACAUGUGGCUGCUCUCUCACAGACUGCUUCACAUUGCCGCCCUCUCUCACAGACUGCUACAUGUGGCUGCUCUCUCACAGACUGCUACAUGUGGCUGCUCUCUCACAGACUGCUUCACAUUGCCGCCCUCUCUCACAGACUGCUACAUGUGGCUGCUCUCUCACAGACUGCUUCACAUUGCCGCCCUCUCUCACAGACUGCUUCACAUUGCCGCCCUCUCUCACAGACUGCUACAUGUGGCUGCUCUCUCACAGACUGCUACAUGUGGCUGCUCUCUCACAGACUGCUUCACAUUGCCGCCCUCUCUCACAGACUGCUUCACAUUGCCGCCCUCUCUCACAGACUGCUACAUGUGGCUGCUCUCUCACAGACUGCUUCACAUUGCCGCCCUCUCUCACAGACUGCUACAUGUGGCUGCUCUCUCACAGACUGCUACAUGUGGCUGCUCUCUCACAGACUGCUUCACAUUGCCGCCCUCUCUCACAGACUGCUUCACAUUGCCGCCCUCUCUCACAGACUGCUUCACAUUGCCGCCCUCUCUCACAGACUGCUUUUCAUGGCCCCCCUUUCUUACACAGACUGACACUCGUGACCCCCUCUCUCACAUAGACUGCUUUUAAUGGCCCCUCUUUCUCUUACAGAGAUAGAUGUUCAUAGCCCCCGCUCUCACAUAAAGUGCUUAAAGGGCUACUCCGUUGCCCCAGCGUUUGGAACAUUUUGUUUCCAAGCGCUUGGAGUGGGUGGCGUGACGUCACUGCCAUGCCCCCUCAUGAUGUCUUGCCACGCCCCUUCAAUGCACGCCCCCUCAAUGCAAGUUUCUAGGCCCUCCUUUAGACCUGCAUUGCGGGGAUGUGGCGUGACAACACAAUGGGGCGUGACCGUGAUGUCACGACCCCCGCCUCCGGAACCCAGCAUUCUAAAUGAAUGCCAGGUGCUGCACAGAGAUCGCGGAGGUCCUAGAUGCAGGACCCCCAUGAUCAGAUAUCUUAUCCCCUUAUCCUUUGGAUAGGGGAUAAAAUGUCUAGGGGCAGAGUACCCCUUUAAUAUGGCCACCCACUCUCACAUAGACUGCUGCUCAUGUGGUUCUUCCUUACAAAGAUUCCUACUUAUGGCUCUUCUCUCUCACAUAGACUGCUGCUCAUAGCCCCUUCUCACAUAGACUGCUGCUCAUAGCCCCCUCUCACAUAUACUGCUGCUCAUUGCCCCCUCUUACAUAGACUGCUGCUCAUAGCCCCCUCUCACAUAGACUGCUGCUCAUAGCCCCCUCUCACAUAGACUGCUGCUCAUAGCCCCCUCUCACAUAGACUGCUGCUCAUAGCCCCCUCUCACAUAGACUGCU